AUGCACCCAUUCUGGAAGCUCCUCAUUCUCCUUGGCCUGCUGGCCUUGCAUGCAGGCCUGCCCAAGCAGCCCUGGCCUGCCCUGGCCAAGGCCCAUACAGAGAGCAGGUCCACCCUGGCAAGAAUUAUUGCCCAGGGCCUCGUGAGGCACAAUGCCGAGAACAGACUCCAGAGCCUCCAACUUCUGAGAAGUCUGAAUGUCUCGAGAUUCGGGCCCCCAGGAAUGGUGGGCUGGCUAAUCGGUGACACAAGCCCCCAGCAGCCGCAGGAAAACAGCAUCAACAUCACCAACAUUCAGCUGGACUGUGGCAGGAUCCAAGUGUCUUUCCAUACGGAGUGGUUCUCAACAAAUAUCUCACUUGAAUUUGACGUCAGAUUUAGACUGCCCUUCAAUAACAGGAUCCUAGACCUGCACUUAUGCAUGAACAUCUCUGUGGAAUUCUGGCUGGAGAAAGAUGAGUUUGGUCGGAGAUAUCUGGUGAUGGGCAAUUGCUUUGUGGAACCCAGAAGCAUCAACGUGAUAGUCCUAACUGAGGAUAUCCCAGUAAAGACGAAAUAUUUUCUCAAAAAACUCAGAGAGAACCUGGAAAAAGUGACUCCACACCUGGCAGCAAACCAGGUAUGUCCUCUGAUGGAAGAAAUCCUUCGGCAACUGGAUGUGAAACUGUUGAAAAGCCUCAUGGACGAGAAUGCACCUCAUGAAGUCAACCAACCAUGA